AGAUAAUCCAUUUAUUUUGAUCCAUAUCAUCGUGGAGAACAUUCACCCCCUAUCUAAUUAUUCAUCAAUUACUACUAUUUCUUCUCAUUUGUGCUCUGGGUAUUCAUUUCCCACCCCACAGGGGCGUGCUCAAAAAGUCGUUGAAAGACAGCCCUGUCGAAAACGGUAGUGGGGGUGUUUGAAGGAUCCAGCCGUGUUAAUCCUUGGAAAGCUCUUUUUUUUUCUCCAUCUCUGGUUGCUUAUAUCCGACUUUGUCUGCCUGUGUUGCCUAUGCUGCCUAUUACCGACUUGCUUGGUACUGUAAGCAACUAGCUAUUUUCAUAUAUACUUUUUUUUAUUUUUUUAUAUUUACAUAAAACUCCCACUUGGGAAAUGACCAGAGAAGAAACAAAGAUGCCGGUCGUGGCAAGAAAAGAGAAGAGUCGGAACAAGUCACUACUGGGCCUCGACGGUGUCUUUCGACUUGACCCGACGACUUUGGGGUGUCAAAAGGACGCGACCCGUAAGCUCGAUUUGAGCUCAGUACCAGUACAACAGCCGACGACCCGAUAUAGCUCCGACAUGGCCAGCCACGGCUCUUCCCUUCAAACACUGAAAUUUGUUCCGCCUGGAGGCCAUCGGGCCUGCGCAAACUGCUCCGUCGCAAAGGCCAAGUGCAUCACACCCGAUGGCGCCACCAAGUGUGAACGCUGCCAACGAAUGAACAAGGAGUGCUUUGCCAAGUCAAAAUCAACAAGGAAAAAGAAGCAAUCUGCAGAAUUAUUAGGCGCCCCGGGUGGAGGUCCAGGACCAGUCAGGAAGCCGCGGUCAAGACAGCCUUCUGCCUCGCCGUCCAACACGUCCCGUCUCCGUGAUGAAACUAACUCAUCAGGACGUCCCGGCUCUGGCGUCAACACAACUAGCCAUGCGGAAAGGCAAGUGAGUGACAUGUCGUCGCCGUCAUCACCGGCAUCACACCAACCGUUGAGCGAACCAGCUUCUCGCCAGCCUCGGCGAAAAGAAGCUGCGUCAGCAUCUGGUCCCAUAGAUGCCUUCUUUGCACAGAACCCGAGCGUGGCGGCAGACGCCGACAAUCUCGUGGCAUUCUACAGGAGAUAUCAGGAACAGCACUGCCCGAUGCUAGUGGGACAUACAGAGGCUGCGAGUCUUCGUCGAGAUAAUGAAGUGCUUUUCAUGGCUAUUCUUAUGGCAGGAAGCUUCAACGACCAUGCACAGCAGGAGCGUAUUGCGAGCUGCUGCGUCGACGUAAUCAUGGAGAAUAUACAACAACCGGAGAAAAGAACUUUCAAGCUUUUAGAGGGGAUUAAUUGCUUCCUAGCUUGGUCCCAUGCAAUGAAACAAAACGGCUGUCUGCUCGGGAUCGUUCUCCGAUCGACUGUGACCCUGGCGGCAGAGGUGCAGCAUGGCUUGACACCUCCUUCUGCUCAAGUCAACCCUGCCAUGACCAGGGACGACCUGGAACCCGUCAAGCUGGCACAGGAGCGUACGUGGGACAGAUAUGUCGAGGAAUGCCGGGGCUUGGCACGCUGCUACUUCAUUGUUAGUGUCAUUGGGCAGCUGACAAAACCUUGCACGGUAAUGUACCAGAACAUGCAAUGGUCCCAGCAGCUUGAGCAAGCUUGCACUGUACUUGAAGGUCAAGAGGCAGACGCAGACGCAUGUCUUGUCGCCGCCUUGGCCAGACUUGUACACGUUGCCGAGAAGAUGACCGCCCCAGGCGGUGAUCUUGAACAGUGCUCGAGUAGCCAGCCAUUUAUUGAUGCCGAAAAUGCUGAGAUGCUGUUUGGCGAUUUCAUCAGCCGUUUGCCACAAGCAUUGCAGUGUUCAAACUUCUUCAGAGCUCACUUACACACCGUCGAGAUAUUACUUUACAGGUUGAGCAUACCUGACAGCUCAGCUCCCGGCAGAAAACGAGUUUUGAUAUCCAAGACAAGGCCGCAGGCCGAACUUCAGCUGCGGUGCAUCCAGGCGAUUUCGGCAUUUAGCGACAUUUUCUAUUCCAUAGCGCCGUCAUUUUAUGUCUGUCUUCCCUCGACAAUAUGGACACAGAUGCACCAGAUCAGCUGCGUGGUAUCCACAAUCGCUAGUGCACCGCAGUUAGGGUGGUCUGCUGAUUUCCUACCAGCUACCCUGUUGCCGGAACACCAUCGACAACGGUUGGUGGCUAAUUUCGAACAAGCCAGCCUCACUCUGUCCGCCAUGAGGCCGGAAAUGAGCAGCAAUGGCAACUUGUUCGACGCCUGGGCUGUCGAUGCGAGGUCGCAGUCACCUGCGUCCAGCUUCGGGUGGUGUAUGUACGAAGGUCUGCUGGGAGCGUUGACCGAGAAUGACGACACGUCUCUAGGGUUCGCGAUGAGUAUGAUGAGGCAGCAGCUGCCGAUGCCCAACUCUCCUCAGACAUCACAGGUACCACAACAGUCCAUCGCGGUCCCAUCAAACGUCCAACAAACACAACAUCAGUUGCCAUGCCAGGGGUUCAACGACUUGACCGUUCAAGAUGACGCGGGAAUUUGGUCUGGCGUACCUGCGGGCGACUGGAACCCAUGGCUCGAUGAUGCGUCAUCUGCUGCCUUCCUCGACGUCCCGGCGCAGACCUUUGACCGCAGCCAACGGCUCCAAGUACCCCGUACGGCGCCUGAGGAGCAGCCGGUUGAGGCUUCAUACUUGCUCUGGGAGGGUGUCGAGCAGUGGUGGCCGCAGACGACGGGUCCGCCCUGAGAUCUGAUCUUGAAUACUCCCUCCCCUGGGAGCGAAAUACGUUCUUACCAAGAUAAGGGGCUUUUUUUUUGUUUUUAUCUUUUAUGCAGCCAUAUUGGCCUAUACAUAUACAAGCUGUAUCAACAAAUUGUUGAUGUAGCGUGACGUUAAAUUUGUAACGAUUGUACAUAUCAAGCCGAAAAGACUGGCUAAACGCAUGAAGCCUUAUACGUGUCGCAUAUAAAUAGAUAGCAUACUACGCAUUCAAAUAUAUAUCUUUUGAUUAAA